AUGUCCGAAAAGACAGCCAACCUGAAGACGACAGUCAACGCUGAACCUGCGAACAUCAAUCCGGUUGUCUCCAAGAAAUAUGCCGACGUAACUCUCGAGUUUGUUGAGUUAUACGGCGAUUCUACUCCGCCCUUGACGGAAAAGGAAGAAAAGAAGCUAUCCCGAAAGCUGUUUUGGUAUAUUAUAUUGUUGCUUACGAUCACCAAUUUGCUAUUAUUUAUUGACAAGUCUACUCUGUCAUAUGCCUCCUUGCUCGGCAUUUUCGAGGAAACACACCUCAAUGGCACUCAAUACAAUAAUCUCAAUACGUUGUUUUAUGUUGGAUAUAUUGUUGGUCAAUUUCCCGGUCACUAUCUGAUGCAACGCCUACCCUUGGGAAAAUACGUCUCUGGCACCACCUUCUUCUGGGCUUUGAUUAUAUUCCUGCACGAUACUGCAAGGAGCUAUGGCGGAUUGAUCCCCUUGCGUUUCUUUCUCGGAUUCGUCGAGUCAUCACUGGUACCGGCCAUGGAGAUCACCUUGGGCAUGUUCUUCCCUCCGGAGGAACAGAGUGCCCUACAGCCGCUAUUCUGGAUCUCCUGUAUGGGGGCAAACAUACCCACGGGCUUUAUCGCGUACGGCCUGUUAUACAGCAAGAGCAGUAUCCUCCCAUGGAAGUUUCUCAUGAUCAUUACCGGCAGUCUGAGUCUGUUUCUGUCCAUCUUUUGCUGGUUCUUCUACCCCGACAAUCCCGUGCAGGCAAAAUUUCUCAGUCGUGCCGAAAAGCUUCACACUAUCAAGCGUGUGCAUGACGCAACCAAGGGGUCCAUCGAGCAGAAACAAUUCAAACGAUACCAGGCAAUUGAAACUAUUCGCGAUCCUGUUUCGUGGUUGUUCUUACUGCAGGUAUUUACGCUGAUGCUUUCAAAUAAUCUGGCCUAUCAACAGAAUCUGCUAUUCUUGAGUCUCGGUGUCUCGAACCUGGGAUCAACUUUGGUUGGCGUCGCCAGCGCUGGAUUUUCCGUAGUUUGCUGUGUCGUGGCGUAUUUCCUUUUGAGGUGGUUCCCAAACAAAAACGCCUACUGGUCAGUGCUCUGGGUUCUGCCUGCUAUAGCUGGUGGAAUUGGUAUGGUGACGGUUCCUUGGGACAACAAAAUUGGCUUGCUCGCCUGUUUGUGUCUGGCAGGGGCUACUUUCGGUAUUACCUAUAUCAUCGCUCUGGGCUGGACAACCUCAACUGCAUCCGGAUACACGAAGAAAUUGUUACGCAACGUCAUGUUCAUGGUCGGGUAUAGUAUCGCGAACAUCAUCUCACCACAGAUUUGGGCCGCAAGGGAUGCGCCUCGUUACUACCCAGCAUGGAUAGUGCAGAUUGUGAUCAGCUGGGUGGGUACUCCAGUAAUCUUGUUAGUGAUCAGAUUCAUUCUCUCGCGGAGAAACAAAGAGCGUCGAGCAUGGAUUUUACAACAGCAGGCAUCAAGAGCUGUUGGUGUUGUCAAGCAGGUCGAUGAUGAGGGACAGGUAGUCCAGACCACUGUGGAUUUGGCAUUCUUGGAUCUCACUGAUUUGGAAAACAAGUACUUUAUCUACCCAUUGUAG